UUGCCAACCUAGUAGUCCUGUCCAAAAACGUUAACAAAAUCCCGUCAAAAAGUGCCACACUCGCAGACACAAGUACCUACACUCGCCAACACAGAAAGGGGAUAAGGACCGGAGGCCAUGGCCAAAAAGGAGGAGCCCCUGAUGGACGGGCCCAAGCGGAUGAACCGCGAGUUGGCCCUGAUGCUGGAGGACAAGCAGAACCUGCAGUUCCGCAAUCUCUGGGUGGAGCCCAACAACAUCUACAAGUGGUCUGGGCUGUUGAUGCCCGAGGCUCCGCCUUAUGACAAGGGGGCCUACAAAAUGGAGAUCGACUUUCCCCUGGACUAUCCAUUCAAGCCACCCCGCAUCCACAUAAACACCAAGAUGUACCACCUGAAUGUGAACGAACGUGGUCAGAUUUGUGUGCCUAUUCUGGAGAUCGAGCACUGGAUCCCCACCACUCGGAUCGACCAGGUGCUGCAGGUUCUGCUGGCCACCAUCAACGAUCCGCAGCCGGAAAAUGCCUGGCACAUGGAGAUGGCCGGCGAGUAUCGGAAUGAUCCGGUCAGGUUCUUCAAGGUGGCCGAUGCCUGGGUCCAGAAGUACAGUGAGCGCCGGCCCACCGAGGAGGAACUGGCUAAGUUCGCCCGCAAACGCAAAAAAGCGAUGUCCAAGGAUUAGAGGAUACUUAUUAACAAUAUAAUGGUUAUAAAAAAGCAGGCAUUCUUCUGAUAACGGAGUCACUAAAUGAUUAUUCCCCCACAUGAAAUAUUAAACUUCAACGACAUCGCAUUGAAUGUAGAGGCUAAGCGCCUUUUAUGCUCCAUUCCCCGAACUCCAUUAAAAUCGCAUUUGAAUCGGCUGUAUUGCCCCAAUCACCGCCCAUUUAUCGAUAUAUUAUAUCCGCCACCAAUGGCUGGAAAUUGAGUUGAGGGACUUUCUCCAUUGAGUCUCCCAGGGAGCGGCGUCUUAAAUUGCCGGCGGAGCUUUGUUUUCGCCCCCGUUUUGAGGCGUCGUGUGUAUGGCCAUAUGACCAUCUAAUUGGAAGCGCACAGUGAGCCUCCAGCGGAAGGCGGGCAGGACACUUCUGUGGCAGCCAGCUGCGAGAUAAAUCAUCCGCCUCGGCGGCGAACAAGGAUGCCCCACGCGGCGUCGCCCAGCGAGCGGGCGGCAUUAGCUGCCAGUGUCAUUGCCAUUGUCAGCGGCAUAUCAUCGUCCUCAUCCGCGUUCGCAUUCGCAUCCAGAUCCACAUCAUCCGCAUCCGUAUUCCGAGUCCUAUCCCCAUCCGCAUUUGGAUCCACAUCAGCGUCAAAGUCCUGCUGCUGAACCGCUGAAAUCCGUGCUGUGUCCGGGGCCAUAUAAAUUUCUGCAAUGAAUGAAUCAACUUUACGAACACCGAGGACACAUGUGACUUGCUUUACGGUCCCCCACCGCCAUCAUUCACACUUCUAGCACUGAAAAAAAUAUAGCUUGUUUAUAAGGAGAA